UGUACCAGGUCAUUUCCUUUGCAAACUCGUUCGACAAAGCAGAGAAUUUCAGGUCUCAAUCCAGAUAAGAGACGAAAAAAAAGGAAAAUGAAGAAGACAUUUGUUUGUGAUGAAUCAAUGAUCAUCACCAUUCCCAUUGGGAGUCUGAGGGAUGCCAGAGAGGGUCAACUGAUGCCUGAGAAAUUUCAGUGUGUGUACAGAGAUUCCUACAAGGUCUUUGUUUUGAAGGGGAAACCCAAACCUCUUGGAGCAGCCCAGGCCAUUGCUGGUGUGUUCAUCCUCACUCUCGGUCUGAUUUUCACUCAGACAGAAGACUUCACCAGGUUCUACACCCUACCCAGUGCUGUGUUUGUGGUCUGUGGUAUGCUGUCCUAUGCUGCUGGACAAUCUCCAAACAUGCAUGUGACAAAGCUGUCAUUCUCUCUGAACAUCGUCAGCUUCUUCUGGUCAAUUGCAGCAGUUUGUCUCUGUGCAGUCAAGUUCCAUGUUUCAUUAGAAGAUAGCCCGCACAGUCCUGAGGUCCAUGAAGGAAUCAAGGGACUGAUUAUGACUCUGCUGGUUGUUGAAAAGUUAAUAGCCAUUGUCUUGAUCUACUGGCUGAGCAAAGCUGUAUGCAGAGAACAUUUCAACACUUUGCCCAUCAUACUGCUGAAACAGGGAGGCUGAAGGCUUUAAAGGCUUGAUGGAGCGCAACAAACCAAUGUUCAACUGUCUAUUUACAUGGUACUUUUAAAUUCCUCUUUGUAUCAGAAGUGUAAAACAGUCUAUCAAUGUCAUAUACUCCUGAAUAUAUAGCAUGCAAAGAACGUGAAACUGAUGCUUGUUUUCAUUUGAAAAAUACGCCAACAGCCGAUUGCACAUGAAUGAGCCACUUCUUGGAUGUAGAUUACCUGUUAUUUUGUUUGUGUACAUAUUGCAAUGUUUAAUACUUUUAUAACAGUGUGCCAUAAAUAAAAAAAACAGAAGUGUUGGUAUUUCUGUAGUCCAAAAUUACCUUUAAACUUAAAGUCCUGGAUAAUGUUGCACUGUCUCUACUCCUGGAAGUCAGAUCAUAUUUUAAACUUCUUGUAUUGUAAUCAUUGUUUGCUUUUAUUCAGUAAAUCAAUCAGUUUAUUGGUUGCAUAAAAUCAUAAAGUCAAAAAACUGGCUCAUGCACAUCUUUGAAGAGUCUCCUGAACAGGUGCGUUGGAAAAAAACUUCAGCAGGUCAAGAAAGAAAAAAGAUUGCCGCACACUGUUGCCAAACUUGCAAAAUAUUUAAUGGGACAGGGCAGCUACGUUUCGGUCAUUACAACCUUCGUCAGGCAGAGUUGCCACUCUGCAAAAGAGAUAAAAUAUUUAAUGGGACAGGGCAGCUACGUUUCGGUCAUUACAACCUUCGUCAGUGUGCGGAAUUCUUUUUUCUUUCUUGACUUGCAUAAAAUCAUAAAAUAUGAUUUAAGCAAAAUGUUUAAGUGUAUUCUGUUCUCUGUGAAUCACUUUGUAACUCUGUGUUGGGCAAAUAAAGGUAACUUUUGUUUGUU